UACAUCGUCACGUGACCCGUUGUAAGGGCCUCCCCCGCCCACGUGACUAACUCCGGCCACGUCCCGGCAGGCCUCGCGGCGGGAAGAUGGCGGCCGCCAUGAAGGCGGGGCUGCGCGGGCUGGGCCUGCGGGCGGGCUGGCAGACUCUGGAGUCCGUGCUCCGUCCUGCUGGAGCAGCUUUGCCCUGUCUCAUCAUUCCAGUGAGAACGAAGAAGAAGAGGUUUUCUGUUCCUGAGUGGGCCAGAGAGCUGACCCCUGAAGAGAAGGAGAGGAGGCUCAAGUCACUGGGGACAGUAUUUCCUGAGGAACAUAUGGAACGGACCUUCUACUUGGCCUGCACAGCUGAUAUUAUAGACCCGUACAUCCCUCCUGAAGGUGAUGCCCGCUUGACUUCCCUGUCCAAAGAUGGGCUGAAGCAAAAGAUGGAGAAGAUGAAGCGGACUGCAGCCUCCCAGCUGGCUCUGCGGAAGAUAAAAGAUCACGAUCCGAAUUUCAGCUCUAAAACCUUCCCAGAGAAGGCACAGGAGAUAUUUAUUGAAGCCCACAAUUCACUGGCAAACUUUAACAAGCAGAAGCUUCACUCCCUGGUGACGGAGCGCUGCUACCCGGAGAUGGUUCGUGGGAACCGGUACAAGACCAUCCGGUGGAGUUUUGUGGAGUCGCUUGAGCCUCCAAGAGUGGUUCACAUUCGGUGCGACAGCAUCGUGAAUCGAGGCAACCUCUACGGCCAGGUGACGGUGCGGAUGCACACGCGGCAGAUCUUGGCAAUCUAUGACCGCUUUGGGCGGCUGAUGUACGGGGGGGAGCAGGUGCCCAAGGACGUUUUGGAGUACGUUGUGUUUGAGAAGUACUUGGUCAAUCCGUAUGGCACGUGGAGGAUGCACGGCAAGAUCGUUCCGGAGUGGGCUCCACCGAAGGAACCCAUUGUUAAGACGGUGAUGAUUCCUGGCCCAACCUUAGAUCCCUCACAAGAGUAUGAAGGAACGAAGUAGGAAGCUGUGGAGCCUGUACAGAGACAGCAGGGCAGACGAAUCUGGAGGGAAGGAGUGGAAAAGUCUCAGGAGGUGAUGUGUUGGGUAUGGCUGUGCCUUUCUAGUGCACAAUCAAGUGGCUUCAGAAAUGGACUCCAGUCUCUAAGAAGUUGUAUUUCAAGGAGCAAGAGGGACCUGGGAGGGAGAUUUGGCUCUGAGAAGAGCUUUCCUGUGUCCAAAUAACUUAGUGUGUUGCAUCUUAGCCCUAUCUGUGUUUCUGAAAAAGUGAGAAGUCAGUUCUCUUCAGGACUGCUCUUCAGGCUCACCUCAGAGAGAGGCGAGAGCCCUUGGCAGCAGAAGUCUGUCCAGAUAUGGGUAUUUGGCACUUCCAUGGGAAGCAUCAUAGGCCUGAUGGGCUUUGAUUAAAACCUGCAGGAGUAAGCGUUGAUGUGUUCUCUUCCCAUUCUCUUUUCCUCUCUGUACCGAUUCCCAGGCUGCUUUUUUUGAACAGAAAAUGGGGAAAAGCAGGAACUUGAAAUCAGAUUCUUGAGGCAGGAUUACCACAAUUGGACUCCUGGGGAUUGUUAAGGGCCAAGCUU